CCGCCUCCCGCGGAGGCUCGACCCGUCUCCGGGCUCUCAUUGGCUCUCCAGAAGUUGGCAAGUUGCCUCGGACGGGAAACCUGUUUACAGUGUUUAUUUUGUCGUGCGUUGUUUGUCAGUGAACAUCCUAUCUCAGAGACACGCCCGAGCUCAAAGCUUUAUCAGUUGGCUCACCAGCUCUGUGGAUCAGUGUUGCAAUCAUCUUUGACGAUUUUACGUUUUGAGUUUCACCGGUAACGUUGGCUGUCUCGUCUGUCGUUCGAAGAGCAUCUCACCAUGGCCCCAGUGUUGAAUAUUGCUAGUUCUUUUUUGAUUAGAUCUCUAUGUCAAGCGAAAGUCACUCAUCCUGUACUAUUUAAUUCGUGUAGGGUUUUAUCAUGUUCAUUUUCAAGUACAGCAGUGGCAAGAAGUAAGAAAAUUUACAGUUCUGCCCAGGAAGCUGUAAAAGAUAUUGAAAAUGGCUCUAAACUUCUUGUUGGUGGGUUUGGAUUAUGUGGCAUACCUGAAAACCUCAUUCAAGCCUUGUUGGAUGCUGGCGUCAAAGACCUGACUGUCGUUAGCAACAAUGCUGGUGUUGAUAACUUCGGCCUUGGAUUACUUCUAAAGGCGCAUAGAAUCAAGCGUAUGAUUGCAUCCUAUGUUGGAGAAAAUGCUGAAUUUGAACGUCAGUUCCUCAGUGGAGAACUGGAAGUAGAACUCACGCCUCAGGGUACCCUUGCUGAGCGCAUACGGGCGGGUGGAGCAGGCAUUCCCGCAUUUUUUACUCCAACAGCAUUUGGCACCCUUGUUCAUGAAGGAGGUGCUCCCAUUAAGUAUGAUGGCGCUGGCAAAGUAGAAAUUGCUAGUGAGCCUCGCCAGUCAGCCACUUUCAAUGGCAAGGACUAUAUUAUGGAGGAAGCCAUUACUGGAGACUUUGCUUUAGUCAAGGCAUGGAAAGCUGAUGAGGAUGGAAACUUAGUGUUCAGGAAAUCUGCUCGUAAUUUCAACCCAGUCAUGUGCAAAGCUGCCAAAAUAGGCAUUGUUGAGGUGGAAGAAAUUGUCCCUGUUGGGCAGCUGCAACCUGAUGAGAUCCAUCUUCCGGGUGUUUUUGUAAAACGAAUUGUGAAGGGAGAAAAAUAUGAAAAAAGAAUUGAGAGGGUAACUGUUCAGAAAGCCAAGUCGAAGUCUGGUAUCGCUCAAACACCAGCUGCAGCUCUCAGAGAAAGAAUUAUCAGAAGAGCUGCUUGUGAAUUCAAAGAUGGAAUGUAUGCAAACCUUGGAAUUGGCAUGCCUAUGCUGGCCUCUAAUAUGAUUCCCCCUAGCAUGCGAGUGACCCUUCAAAGUGAGAACGGUAUUCUUGGUCUUGGUCCUUUCCCCACAAAAGACCAGGUAGAUGCUGACCUCAUAAACGCCGGUAAGGAAACUGUUACUGUUAUUCCCGGUGCAUCGUACUUCAGCAGUGACGACAGUUUUGCUAUGAUCAGAGGAGGCCACAUCAGUUUGACAAUGUUGGGAGCUAUGCAAGUAUCUCAAUAUGGUGACCUAGCCAACUGGAUGAUUCCUGGCAAGAUGGUCAAGGGUAUGGGUGGUGCCAUGGACCUUGUUUCUGCAAGUGACACCAAAGUAGUUGUUUGCAUGGAACAUACAAGCAAAUCUGGUGAACAUAAAAUUCUUCCUCAAUGCACGCUCCCAUUGACAGGCAGAAAUUGUGUUGAUCUUAUUAUUACAGAAAAGGCUGUGUUCUCUGUGGACAAAGAAGGUGGUCUUACAUUAAUAGAGAUUGCUGAAGGUGUCGAGGUACCAGAUAUAAUGGCUUCUACUGGUUGUGACUUUGCUGUUGCAGAAGACUUGAAACCCAUGCAGCAAAUAGCUGUUCCUGAAUAAUUGAUCUGAGCAAUGUUAUGACAGCCUCUAAAACCUUUCCUACCAGUACAAGCCAUCUGUGAGCCCGUUAUUUUUGUAUAAGAAAGAUUUGUUGGUUUUAUUUCCAUCUUAUCUGUUAUAAGUGCCAUGUUAGAUCUGCAUUAAUGUCUCCACUGGUCUUCUUUUUAAGAUGACUGAUGUGCGUUUUUAAGUUCUUGUACUUAAGUAUAAAGGUAUAUUUAUGAAAAUUUUGUUUGACCUUUUAUUUGUACUUGUGAACAAGAAAGCAGAAUAGACAUUCAUGUGCUAAUGAAUUUAUUUUUGUUUGAUUGUGUAAUUUUAAAUGUCCUACUUACUUGUACGAACUUGGUGUUGGAUUAAGAACUAUUAUGACUGUUA